AUGGCAGAAGAAAGUGAAAGUAGGAAAAGUGACGACUACACUCUGCGAAUUGAAGCACAGGAAGCCUUGAAAGAAGUUUCUUUUGCGGUGUCACAUGUUGAAAUUUCCACCAAGUUACCUCAAGGGGCCGAUACAGUGCACUUAAACGUGAGAACCAAGGAGAAUGAUGCUUACUGUGUUGAACUCUCUGUUCAGGGAUUCCGGAUUGUUGGGAGAGCUUAUGAUGCCAUUGAUGAAACGGCCCAAGUGAAGCACUACGAGACCAUUUAUGCAUUACUGGACCAGGUUAGUCCUAAAUACAGAAACAGUUUUGGAGACACAUUACUGAGGAAACUUGAAAACCUACAACGGCAAGCGGAGAAUGAAGAGCCAUCCUGACAUCCUCUACUGUCUGCAGGGAAAUGGAGUGCUGUAUUUGUGCCUUAGUGACAGUGCCCUCAAUGUGUUGGCAUAAUCAAUGUGUAAUUCAAAUUGGUGCCUAGUUACCAGGAUUUUUUCUAUCAAUUUGCUUUUUAGUGCUUCCUUGACCGUUAGCUGUUGGUUCUUUAGUUGUUGUGAACAAUUGGACUAAGAUUGAUGAGGUAGACUAGUUUAGCCACUUUAAUAAUGGAUAUAUGACUUAUCUUAUACAAAUCAGUAUCAAUGUUACCUCUGUAUAAUUAGAAUUAUGCCCCUGCUGUUGAAGAUUAAGAGACAUGUUUUUAGUCCAUCUGUCUGCAACUCCGACAUCAUAGAUCUGCACUGAUCCAAAUUUAGACUUCUUUUUCAAUAAUUGAUGAACUGAAGAUCAGGUACAAGGAAUGGCAUGCUGAACUGAUUGAUUUCAGGUCACCAUGAAGGUCAAGGUCAAAGGUCAAGUUUGCCAACAGAGGGCUUAGACAAAACACAUUAAAGGACUGGUUUGCGACACAAAAUAUUUGAAAUGAUGAGGUUCUCUUGAACCUUGUGAAAAAUUUUCCCACAUGAUUAAAUGUUGGUUGACAAAGUACAUGUCUUACUAAGAAGUAGUCAACAUUUAUAUGUUCGACUUCAUCCCGUAGGCAUUGUGUGUGUGGGGGGGGGGGGGGGGGGGGGUCAUGGAGAACAUGCUUCUAUUUUGUACUUUCAUACUAGUAUGCAUCGUGCCUAUUUUCUCUCUGAACAUUAGUACUAAACCAGGCCCUGUAUUAAAGGCAAAAAAAAGUCUGUGUAAAACAUAAACUAUUUAUCAAAUACCAACUUCUAAAAUUUUAAUAGCAAAAAAAAGACCUCCUGUGAUACAGUGUAGACAGGCAUUAUAUCGGGGUAUUCUUGAACUAAGGGGCUUACAACACAAUGGAACCCUGUAGGUGGUCUCCCCCACCAGAGUGUUCAACUGGAUCCACCUGGAAUGUUUAGGUGGUCUCCCCCACCAGAGUGUUCAACUGGAUCCACCUGGAAUGUUUAGGUGGUCUCCCCCACCAGAUUGUGAAACUGGAUCCACCUGGAAUGUUUAGGUGGUCUCCCCCACCAGAUUGUGAAACUGGAUCCACCUGCAACCUGUAAAUUAUGAGUUCCAUACCCUUGUACCCUUAUCACCACCCACCCACCCCCACUGUAUACUGUUUAUGAACCCACCCACCCCCACUUUAUACGUUUAUGAUACCAUCUAUGCAUUUUGACCUCUGUAAAUUUUAAUCAGUAUUAUAAAUUAUAUUUGAAUGAUCUGUUCAUGUAAUGGGUAUAAUGUGUUCAUUUUUUUUUUUUUUUUUUUUUACAAGGAUGUAUUGUAAUACAUGUUUCAGUGAUGUGUGGUGCUUUAUUAAAGAUCAUUUCAUAACAUUCUCGUAUACAAUUCGGAAAAUGUUAUACAAGUUCUCCAAUUUUUAUUCUAGUUCCACAUUCAGAAAUUACUGAUGGAUGUAGAAAUUAAUUAAUGUAAAAUAUAGUUUGUUUUGAUAUUUGUAGGAAUUACUGUAGAAAAGAGGUAGUUCUGUGGCUGAAUUUUCUCAUGAAUUUUAAAUAAUAUGAUGAUUUUGUGUUAUAGAGCUCAUUGAAAUUUUAUAAUUUUCAAAUGCAAUGUGUUUAAAAUGGCAACACUGAUAACAUUAUGUAUGGGUCUUUUAUCAUGUGACAGAUUUUCAUUUGAAAUGCUGAAAGUGAAUAUUAAAAUAAAAAACAGAAGAACCAA